AUGGACAAGGAACAUCAUUUAUCACAGAACAUUCUCUCGCUCCCAGACGAGCUCCUCGUUGAAAUCUUCAGUGCGGUCAAGACUUACAACCCUGCCAAUCAGGCACAGCAUACGUCUUUUGCCAGCUCUUCUGAGGAUAUUGCCAAUGUCAGGCUGGUGUGCCGCCGAUUCGCCGCCUGCAGCUCGCAUCUGCUGGUCCACUAUAUACGCUUGGAUGGGAUCAACUGGGAGUCCUUGAAAAAGCUCGAGGCCAUCUCCAGCCAUCCAGUGAUCCGAAAUGGGGUCCAUAUUGUUAGGCUUGUCCCGCAAUUCUACACACCAAUCUUCGCUAAUGAUGUUCGACGGUUCGCCUGGUACGCGGUGAACAAGGUAUUUGGGGAAGCAUUGCGGUACAAGGAGAAUUUGGAAGCCGCUCACGAUGCUGAUGAUGAGAGCUUCAACACGAGACGACAUGAGUCUGCAGUGGUGCUGGCGAAGGUCAAGGCCGUCCUCAAGACAUGGAGUCGCGUGAGCCUGGAUGAGAUGGAAGACGCCAUCGGUUCCUGGAGUAUUGACUUUGACAAGUCCAAUCAGGAUUGUAUGGCACUGCAGCGUAGGAACUCUGGCGAGAAAGACAAGAGCGAGGAGGAACGGAAUCUCCAGCUACUGCAUAUCGCUCACCAUAUCUACCGGCUACGCUAUCAGGAUCAAGAGCAACUUCGACACAACGAUGUCUUUAUUAGGAGGUUUGCAGCAGCCAUGGCUAGGAUGCCGAAGGCCAAGGGGCUCGAGAUUCAUGACUUUCAACAGGAUUGCGAAAUGGAACAAGAGAACUUGUCCCACCAGAAAACCGAUGAGUAUGCUGGUCUGGUGGACAUCGACUUACUGGUUCAGCCUAUGUCUUGGGAUGAGGCCACGGACCGACAACUCGGCGACCCCCCUGUUGAGCUUCUUUUCAAGCUUCCAAUCGCGAUCCACCAAGUCGGAGCCCGGCUUGACAGGAUAUCGUUGCAGACAAUCACAUGCGCAGAGCACUAUUACCCUCUGUUUGAAAAAGUUGGCAUGAGUGACUUUAUCAGCCUGGGAACAGCAAUCAACAAGAUGAAUCUGAAAAGUUUCAUUUUCUUGCAUCAGGCGGAGAUGAAACCACGAAUACGGCAAAGCCCAUCAGAAGAGGAGAUCGAUGCUUUCGACAGCUUCAUCUCGGCGAUGACAAACAGUGGCAGCCUGGAAAGAUGUUGGCUGCGUCUCGACAGCGGAUGGUCUGACGGCGGGCUCGACGUGGAGAAUCGAGAAACUGGCCUCGGGCCCUUUCUUCUUUCUGACGCGGACUCGCUAGACCGCUGGGGACACCCCGAAUGGCUCAGCCUCCGUGACAUCCAUCUGUCUGAUUUUGCUCUGCACCUCUCCGACCUGGAACGCCUAGCUGCGCAGCUCAAGGACUCGGGGACUCGACUCGAGUUCCUCACACUGCAACGCAUCCGGCUUCUCAGCGGGACGUGGUCACAAGCUCUUGAGAUCCUGCGGAAGGUGGAAGUUGAGUACGAGAAGCAGCUUGUGGAACCGAAGGGGGCCGAGUGCGAAGACGUGACGAUGAUGCGAGGCGGGCGAUACGAUGCUGUUUUUGGGAGGUCUUGGGACGAGACGAGAAGCCUGGCCGAGGACUUUAUCAACGGAGACAUGAAACAUAACCCGCUGGAUGAGAGUUACACCAUCGAAUUCUUGUAUUCUGUGGAUGGUGAAGAUGUCAUCGUGGAAAUCACCAUGGAUGACGAAUCUGAGGAUUUGCCAGAAGCAGGGGAGCCGCAAGAUGAGACGGUUUCGCAGAUCAUAUCGCAGAUUGCUUUUUGA